AUGGUGAAACCAAAUGGUUUAGUACCUAUGAAAAUCAGAGAAAGUACACGAUUCUAUCCAUAUUUUAAGAAUUGUGUUGGCGCGCUAGAUGAUACACAUAUACCCGCAACAGUGUUUGGACCUGAUGUGGCAAGCUACCGUAAUCGAAAAGGAGAAAUAUCACAAAAUGUUUUAGCUGCAUGUAACUUUGACUUGGAAUUCAUAUAUGUUCUUAGUGGAUGGGAAGGUUCAGCACAUGAUUCAAGAGUGUUAAGUGAUGCUUUAACAAGAAGAACAAACAAUUUCCAAGUACCUGAAGGGAAGUUUUAUCUAGUUGAUUGUGGCUUUGCAAAUCGACUUAAUUUUUUGGCUCCAUUUCGUGGUGUUCGUUAUCAUCUACAAGAAUGGACUGGCAAAGGACGUGAUCCUAAUACUGCAGCUGAGUUAUUCAAUCUUCGACAUGCUAGUUUGAGAAAUGUCAUCGAAAGAAUAUUUGGAAUUUUUAAAUCUCGAUUUGUGUUUUUUAAAUCUCAACCUCCUUUUUCUUACGAGAAACAAGCUGGAUUAGUAUUAGCAUGUGCAGCGUUGCAUAACUUUCUUCGUAAAGAAUGCCGCUCAGAUUUAGGUGAAUUUCCCGGUGAAGAAAACACUACCAAUCAAGUUGAUAGAGAUGAGUUUCUGGAGACGCAAGAGCAAGACAGAGAAAUCGCAAAUAAUUGGAGAAAAGCUAUGGCUGAAGAUAUGUGGAGAGAUGCUACAGGUUUAGAAAAUUCUUAA